CUCGGGCACAGUCUUAUUCCAGACGCCAAUCAUGUCGGUCGUUAAGCAAACACUGUGCAAAGUGCUCGACAAAGUCGUCCACAAGCUGCAGAUGCCAAAUGCAAAUAUAUCCAUCAAGAACCUGACGAGCGAUGGCGGCUAUACUUCGGCGCUUUUCUCCGUCACCGUCAGUGCACCGGAGCGAAACAACUUGAAUCUCUUCGCCAAGGUAGCUAAUGUCAAUGUAAAGCUCCGUCAGGCGAUGAACACGGAAUUACUGUACACGACCGAGCAGAUUGUGUACAAUGAGCUGGUCGGAGUGUACGACAAAAUACAGGACAAGUACCGCAUCAGCCCCGAGCACAGAUUCGUCUUCCCCAAGUUCUAUGGAGGCGAAGACACAGUGGGACAUGAGACUGUCGUCAUGGAAGACAUGACAGCCAGCGGCUACGCCCCAUUAAACCGAUUCGAAAGUAUCGAUUGGGAGCACGCUGCUGUGGCUGUGGAGGAUUUAGCCAGAUUGCAUGCGUUAUCCUUCGCUUACCAAAAGGAAGAUCCAUCAAAUUUUGCCAAGGACACCGAAAGAUUUAGGUUCGUGAAGAGCAAGAUGGACUUUAGCAAUCUGAAGGACACGUGGGCAAAGAUAGGCGAAUCAGCUAUGGAAACAGUAAAAGAUGAACAUAAAGACAAAUUAAAGAAGUUGCUAGCUAAUGGUUCGACACAAGAUGUGUUCUACAAAUUCCGAGCACCUCUGAGCACGGUGGUGCUGUGUCAUGGCGACUACAGAGUCAGCAACCUGCUGUUUCGGCGUGUGGACGGUCGUCUACAACAGAUCGUGGUGGACUACCAGACCAUGCACAGCGGUUGUCCACCGACAGAUUUGCUGUAUCUGGAAUUCUUGGGUACAGACCAGAAAUUCCGCAACAAGCACCAUAAACAGCUUUACGACUACUACUUCUCAGAACUAAGUAAAGCUUUGGACCGGUUCGAAAUUGAUGUGAACAAGGUGUACCCCAAGGCAACGUUCGAAAAAGAAGUUAGAGAGAUGUACAGCCCUGCUCUGACCGUCGCGAUGGUGGUGCUGCCAUUGGUGCUGGUGGAUGUUGAUCGCGUCCCCCACUUGAGCAAAAUCGAAGGAAUCGGUGACUUCGCACUCAAGCCCUCCCACCACUUCAGUACCCGGUUUAGGGACCUAGUGAGCGACUGUGUCGAGUGGGGAGGAAUAUAAAAACAGCUGUAGAUCAAAUUUUAAGAAACCAAAUAUUCUCUUUAGUAGUUCACUGUCCAUAUUUAAUCGCCGAAGCUUAGCUAUGAUAAUUUAAUAGAUCAUUUAAAGUCUAAAUAUCUUUUGCUACCAUAGCUGAUAAACCCAUUAUGCUCCACUACUUGGGAACCUGGUUAACUUUAUAUAGUGC